AUGGUGUUGCAGGAGCCGGCCGGGGCGCCGAGUCAGUCGGCUGUGGCGGGAGCCGCUGCUGCUGCCCCCGCCGAGGUGCAGCUGUCCCGGCGUCGCUGGGCAGUGCUGCUGCUCUUCAGCAGCUACUCCCUGUGCAACGCCUUCCAGUGGAUCCAGUACGGCAGCAUCAACAACGUCUUCGUGCGCUUCUACGACGUGAGCGCCUUCGCCAUCGACUGGCUCUCCAUGAGCUACAUGCUCGCCUACAUCCCCCUGCUCUUCCCUGUCGCUUGGCUGCUGGACAAGAGGGGUCUGCGCCUCAUCGCGCUGGCUGGCUCAGCCCUCAAUGCCGUGGGCGCCUGGGUGAAGCUGGGCAGCAUGAAGCCGCACCUCUUCCCCGUCACCGUCCUGGGGCAGGUCAUCUGUGCCCUGGCCCAGGUCUUCAUCCUGGGCAUGCCCUCGCGCAUCGCCUCUGUCUGGUUUGGCUCCCACGAAGUCUCCACCGCCUGCUCCAUCGCGGUCUUCGGGAACCAGCUUGGCAUCGCUGUGGGCUUUCUAGUUCCUCCAGUUCUGAUUCCUAAUGUGGAGGAUGUGGAGAAGCUGGCCUACCACAUCAGCAUCAUGUUCUUCAUGACAGCAGGUGUGGCAUCAGCCCUGUUCAUCCUGGUCAUCCUAGUCUUCAAGGAGAAGCCCCCAAACCCUCCAAGCCGAGCUCAGGCCUCGAUCCAGUCAAGACCAACAGCAGAAUAUUCCUACGUGCAAUCAAUCCUCCGUCUGCUCCGCAAUGCCAACUUUUUGCUGCUUAUGGUCACUUACGGUCUGAAUGUAGGUUGUUUCUACGCCCUGUCCACUCUGCUGAACCGCAUGGUGAUCCAUCACUACCCAGGGGAGGAGGUGAAUGCUGGCAGGAUUGGACUCACCAUUGUACUGUCAGGGAUGGUUGGGGCUCUGAUCUCCGGCAUCUGGUUGGACAGAACCAAAACCUACAAACAGACAACACUAGUCGUCUAUAUCAUGUCUCUGGUGGGAAUGAUAAUCUACACCUUCACUCUGAGCCUAGGCCAUCUCUGGGUGGUCUUUGUGACUGCUGGCAUGCUGGGGUUUUUCAUGACAGGAUACCUUCCACUGGGCUUUGAGUUUGCUGCAGAGUUGACGUACCCAGAAUCAGAAGGAACAUCAUCAGGGCUCCUUAAUGUCUCAGCACAGAUUUUUGGUAUUGCCUUCACCAUUGGCCAAGGGCAAAUCAUGGAUCACUUUGGAACGAAGGCAGGAAACCUCUUUCUUUGUUCCUUCCUGUUGCUGGGGACCAUUAUGACAGCAUUCAUUAAGGCUGAUCUUCGAAGACAGCAGGCCAAUUUGGAAAAUGAACAGACAAAAGUGUUGCCAGAAGCUUACACUAAUCCCAUAGUUCUUGAGGAAUCAAGGCUGUGAAAUGGAGGGGUGGCAGAGCUGGGAGAUGCAGCCCCCCCCUCAUUCCCAUCUUUGCUACCUGCACCACCCUCCUGUGACAUGCGCCUCAUAAACGGGAGGAAGCAUCAGGACAGGAGUCCAGUGAACUGCUUGUGGAGAAUGAAAGAGCAAAACAAGAAGGGGGCUGCUCUCUUCACUUAUACCUUUGCAUCUUGCUAUUUUGGAGACUUUGCUGCUUGGGAAAAAAAGUUGGGAAAAUCCACUGUGUCCCACCUCAUCCCACCAUGUAUGCUUGGAAAAAGCACACGUGCUGAGAAAAGCCACAGUACCAGGCUGGCCCUGGCCACAUGAGGGUGGCACGUUGCGUGUGGCUGUGUCUCCUCUCACAGGCCAACUGGGACAUGAAAUGCAGCAGCUGGACCAUGCUUUGUGAGUAGACCUGCAAGAGCUUUCAGAUGGCUCUUGGGAAGAGAGAUUGGUCUGCCUCGGUGCCUGUGAUCCUCUGUUGCACAGGUGAUGGUGGAGGCCUCAGUACAUCACCAGCAAGUGCAAUGCAAUGCACCAGCCACUGACAGCUCUCUUUGUGUUACUUGACUUUCCCAGAUGAAGCACUCUUAGUUUGGAUAAACCUCUGCUCAGAAUUCACUGGGGUUAGCCUGAUGUCCCUACAUAUUAGGAGUAAUUGAGAGAUAGCAAUAUGCCUCCUUCUACCUGGAGGCAAGGACUAGUUCUGCAACCUAAGACUAGCUCAUCACUACAUUAGUAACAGAAGUGAGUCAAACCACAAGUUUGACUGUCUUCCAUCUUAAUAAAAAAGUGCCUUUUGCAUGUUUCAAGAGUACAUAAAAACUUUUGUGAAGUGUUAUUUUGAGAAAACCAGCCAAGGCUGUGUUGCUCUUCACAGCCAUAGAGAGGGGUAUGAUGGGAAUCCAGAUUUGCUCCAGAGUGGAAGCUGCCCUCUUAUCAGCAUUUGUGUCUUAUAGACAUUACCCAUCUGUAUACUGUGUAUCUUCUAAACAUAAAUGCAGAUCCUUACAUCACUUUCUCCUUCCUUUUCAGCAUCCCAACCCUGGUGGAGACAUUAAGUGUCCUUAUACUCCUUAAAUCAUGCAGUUAUUCAUUUAUCAUUUGAGGGAGGGGACAAAAACUGUACUGAGGUAAAACAGUUAAAAAUACUCCCGACAUACCAUUUUUGACAAAACAUAUUUUGCGUGAAAUUAUAACAGUCUUUUGAUAUAUUGCAUUUUGAUACAGCCUGCCUGAGUUCAAGAAGUGUUUGGACAAUGCUAUCAGGCAUAUGAUGUGACUCCUGGGGUAUCCUGCCCAUGGCCAGGUGUUGGACUUGAUUCUGAUAGGUCCCUUCCAAUUCAGCAUAUUCUAUGAUUAAAGUCCUAUCUUUGGUAGUUUGGGAUUGAGGAUGGGGGUUUAGAAUGAUUUUAAAUAGAAGUUUUAAUGUAAAAACAUUUGAAGUGUACAAUGAAACCUGACACAUUCAUAUUAAAUAUUUGAAACAAUCUA